AUGGCGGUUCCCAGAUUUUAUGCGAUAAUCUGCGCAGCUUUAGCUUCAUCGCUAUUUUUCAUUUUUGCAUUUGAUCAGGUGAUGCUGAUUAGCAAUUCUGAUUAUUUGCUGGCAAGGCUAAAUAUAAAAAAUGUGUACAACAUAGAUUUUGUGGUAAUUACUACUUCAUUUGAGGUAGCCGGAUCUUUAGCAGCUGGAUUAUUAUUAGAUUGGAGAGGACGACGCUUGGUGGUAAUUCUAUCUGGCGUCAUGUCGUUCAUUGGGGUCUUGGUAAUGUUCAUGUCCAACAGUUAUACAGUUUUAGUUUUCAGUCGCAUUGCGAUCGGAACUGGAAUUGGUAUGGGAUACUUAAGUAUCCCGAUAUAUAUUGCAGAGUUAUCACCUCUAUCGGUACGAGGUGUCCUUGCAUCAUUUCCUGAGGUUCUCUUCAAUAUCGGAUUUUUACUCGGUUCCGUUUUAGAUCUUAAGAUGUCGGUAGUUUCCGAACGUUUAACAUUGCUGAUUUUUGUGAUAAUCAGUGCUACUUCUUCCUUUGUGAUCACAAUUGUUUUAUCAGUACUGAUUCCAGAGUCACCUAGUUGGCUCAUGAGGCGAGGCCGUAUUGCUGAGGCAACACGAACAAUUAUAAGAUGUACUGGAGAAACUGAAGAAGCAAAUGAGCGUAUCAAUAUUAUGCGACUAAUUCUUGGUGUUUUAGCCGGUGACUCAAGGGAUGUUGUUGAUGACAUUCCUAGAGAAGUUCGUGGACGCGGGUUUCUUUGGAUGGAGUUGUUUUAUCCAACCCCAACCAUAGCUGGAGUUAUUUUGUCAGUGAAUAUCAUACAAGUAAUCCAACAACUAACCGCAAUAGAUAGUCUCAUUUCUAUUGGCACUCCCUUCUUUGUUUAUGCUAACAUCAUCGCAGACGAACAGGCACUGAUUGGGUUGAUAUGCGCUAUGUGUUUUAGGACUAUAGCUCUAUUAGCGCCCAUGCUAAUGCUCGAUAAGUAUGGGCGUGUGAGGCUGUUGAUGAUUAGUAUCGCGGGCACUGUCAUUUCUCUAGGGCUUCUUGGAGUCUUGUAUUUCAGCAUCUAUAGCAGCCACAAAUUCGUAGGUGGCCAAAAUAUUUUUGCUAUAUUCUGCAUAUUCACCCUUGCUGGAUCAUUUUCUUUAGGAUUAGGGCCUAUACCAUACAUUUAUAAUGCAGAGGCCUUCCCAUAUGGAUUGCGUUCUCAGGGUACCAGUUUUGCAGUUGCAAUCCAUAGAUUAGUGAGGUAUUUCAUGCAUAUAUCGUCGCUAACAAUCUAUCGAUGGCUUCCUUUUGGUAUAGUUCUACUUCUACAAACCAUUGUUAUGUUUUUUCUAAUGUUUUUAGGCCUUAAUAAUAUUAGAGAAACCAACCAAGAACUUGCAAUUAUUCUCAAUUUGAUACAUAUAAUGACGCGACACUCAGUUAUUGGUGUGAUUUUGCUGAGGUGGAAGUUAUUUAUGGCAGUUACAUCAGCAUAUUAUGACCUCGUGUAUCAAAUUGAGAAAAAAAUGCAACUUCCUACAUAUGAUUGA